GCUAAGUUCGAUUUUUCACCUGGUCUGCAAAUUAUUGUUUUCAUUUUUUAAUAGAAUAAGAUGUGCGACUUUGAUGUUUUGUGGCUGGACGUGCUGAAAAUAUUUCCAGUUCUGGGUGGUGGGAGCCCUGGACCUUCUCAGCCGGUUGAAGAAGCGGUGUACGAGAAUGUUCGCCGGCACCUACAGGAAUUGGGCAACAUUGACACAUUUGCGGCAAUUUUGGAUCUAGAAAUUCAGUCGGUGAUUCGAAAUGUACUUGCGCCCAAAUUCUGGAAGCAUUUUCAAGGAGACAGCUUACCAACAGAUCUGCAAACAUGCAUACAAGACCAAGCGCUAGUCAUAGAAUCACUUCCGGAUAAGAACAAAUUGUUUACCCAGUUCAUUGAUGCUAUUAACGAGCUGUAUCAUAGCUUUAACAUUUUAAUGCAAGUUAAACCCCGACUUGCACGUCUUAUGAACCCGGAAAUUAGUUCAGGCCAAAGCUCUGCGAAAUUAUUGCACGAAGAUUCCAUCAAAUCCUACCUACGUGAUUCGUUGUUGUCCCAGUUGCCACCAGCAUUCAGUGUGGUUGUGGGAGCCUUCUAUUGGGUUCAUUUCAAACUCUACACCAAAGCAUCGCAUCUUGCUUUAACAACAGUCGACUCGGAGGUAUUCGACGAACUUUUAUGCGUCGGCUGCAAUUUCGACGUAGAGCAGUGCUGCUGUCUGCGACUUACUGAAAUGGUGAACAAAACCAAUAUGAAAUUGUUUGAGAUGAACUUAAUAGAUCGUUUGACUGGCAGUGCUUUAACAUCCCUCAUAAAGCUCAAAAUCAAAGAGCAUAUAAACGACACGUGCCAGGGUAUUUUUGAUAGAAGUCACCUCAAGCAACUGGAAAAGUGGCUGGCAGAUGUUAUAAUGACAUGGUUGAAGAGAAUUUUCACAGAUUGGCAAAACAAAGAUAGUGCCAAGGAACUGGAAGUUCCCUCAUCUGUUCAAUCCUUUAAAGUCAAACUCACGUAUUAUAUGUACGAAACGUUUGCCCAGAGCGUUAUUGGCCAAUUCUUCAGUAUUAUAAUUGACUAUCCAGAUUCAAUACCAGCCAUAGAUGACUUGAAGAUUUGUAUGGAGAAAAUUGAUAUGCGAGUCUACUUAACGGAGUCAUAAAACGCCAUAAAAGCAAUUCGUCAUCUGGACCAAUCUGGGGUAAUUUUGGAGAUGGUUACUGCCCCAAUCAAAGAUUAUCUGCGUAAACGCAGCGACACAGUUCGACGCGUUGUAACAGCACUUACAGAAGAGGGACCAACCGACUUGUCCGAAGAAUUGGCCAAAGGGCAGUCAAUCAAAGAUGGCAAGGAGUCUGGCCCCGACGAGUUCAGCAAUUGGGAGAACUGGGAACCGGAUCCAUUUGGAAUCGAUGCUAAUCUCAUGAAAUACAACAACUCAAAGAUAAUGCGAUCCGCUGAUAUCAUAUCAAUGGUGGUUGAUAUAUAUGGAAGCAAAGAGCUAUUUAUGACCGAAUAUCGCAAUUUGAUGGCAGACAGACUGCUCGCACACCUCGAUUUUAAUUCAGAAAAGGAAAUUCGAAAUCUAGAACUGUUAAAAAUUCGCUUUGGGGAAUCGCUUUUGCACAGCUGCGAGGUGAUGUUGAAGGACGUAACCGAUUCAAAGCGAAUCAACGCGCACAUUCACGGCGAUGGAAAUAUCAAUGAAAAUCAGAUGUUUGACAUCUCUUCGGUCAUUAUAUCUGCACAGUUUUGGCCAUCCUUUAACAAGGAGAGUCUUCAGUUGCCAGAGGAAAUCGAGAAUGAGUUCAAAAAGUAUACCAAGGCCUAUGAGGGGUAUAAGGGGAACCGUACUCUCAACUGGCGUACGGUAACAGGUCGCGUCAAUAUUGUUAUUGAAAUCGGAGACCGAACAAUGGACAUGGUGGUGAGCCCAACGCUGGCCGUGAUCAUAUACCAUUUCCAGAACAAGAGUGAAUGGACCAUUGAGGAACUUAGUUCAAUCACAAAAGUUCCUGCAUCAGCGCUCAGGCGUCGGAUAAGUUUUUGGCAAAAUCAUGGUUUGAUUUCAGAAUCUUCCCCGGGACUAUUUACACUUCUAGAAAAGGAAACUGAAAAGUCACAGUUUGAGGAAAUGAGUCUUGCCGAGGCCGACGAAGAAGAUUUGGAGUCGGCCAUGGCAUCUGCCAGCGAUCAAAGGGAGGAGGAACUUCAAGUAUUUUGGUCCUAUAUUGUGGGCAUGCUCACCAACCUCGAUUCCAUGCCCAUCGAUCGAAUCCAUCAGAUGCUAAAACUCUUUGCCUCGCAUAGUGGAGGCGUGGAGUUUACUCAAGACGAGCUUAAACACUUCCUGCAGCGUAAAGUUAGAGAACAUAAGCUUCUAUUUUCUGGUGGAGUUUAUCAAUUGGCCAAGUAAAUUGGGAGCGUAUUGAAUAAUGAAUAGUACGCACAUGAAUGAAGAAAUCGGUUCAUACAAAUGAUAAAAUUUAUGAAAUUCAACGUUAGAAGAAUCGGUUCUCUUAUCAAACCGUAAUCGCACCUUAUCAGACUGUUUUUCAAGUGUUCUCUUAUAUGAAGAGUCACUCCGCUCAAAAUGAAGUCGUUACUUUUUGAAAUAUAUAACUUUUGGCUUUGUUAGUUAA